AUGCAAUCCACAGUACAAGCUUACUCUUCCGUGAGAAUUGGUACCAAGAGCGGCCCAUUAGCUCAGAUAUGGUUGGCUGCAAAUAUGUCCAAUUUACCCAAGACUUCCGUCUUGCAAACAAGCAUCCAAGAAUCUGCAGAUGAGAUCGCUAAAGCUUCCGGGUGUAGCACUGAUGUCUCCGGAGAAGCGAGCAGUUUUGAAUACAUUACGCUUCAUACCUCUGGCGAUCUAUUGCAAGGUAUAGUACGCGUUUACUCGAAACAGGCCGCGUUCCUUCUGACGGACAUAAAGGAUACCUUGAUGAAGAUUAGCACUAUAUUCAAAGCGAACCAGCGGAUCAAUGUAACUGUUGGGAAAUCUAAUACAAUCGCAUCAAUCGAGCAACUGAUAUUGCAAGAUUCAGUGACAGAGAGAGAAGUGCUGUCGGUGCCUAGUUUAGAUUUUCUGGAGAAUGAUCAAACUCCACCCAACCUCUUAGAUGGGGACAAUUCCAUGCGCAGGAGAGUUCAAGGGGCUGCGCCUUGGGAUACUUCUCUCGAGAUUGGUAGAGGUUUCGGUGGUGAUGACGAUCUAGAUCUUCAUGAGACCUCGGCGUUAAACCUCGAUUUCGACUUCGAAGACGGUCAGUCGUCAAAGACCUGGGAGGAAGGUACCAGGCAAACGACGCUCGAUGAAGGUUCAAUGGCACAAAGCCGUGCUGAAAUGGUACCAUUGAUCGAAGAUGAUGACUUUCCGCUUGACGAUCCGAAUAAUGGACAAUGGGAUUUAGGAAUAAGCAAGAGCGAACAAGAGGGUCACGACGAGGACUCAUCAACUAUGUCAGUGGAGCUGGGAAGGAGAGCUGGCAAUGCGUCUAUGGUAGAUGAUAAUGAGGAUCUUGGGAUCGAUCUGGGUCUGGAGAAGGAACCAUUGAUAGAGGAGCCAGUCGCUGACGAAGAACCCAUGGUAGAGAAAGAGAUUCUUGUACGUCUCAAGAAAAAUUCGGGAUUAGCUAAUGCGAAAGCGAUAGACCUCGAUAACGAAACUGAACUUAAAGAACCUCAGAUCAGGCAAACAUUUGAUAAUCUUACGGAUGAGGGUUCAGAACAAAAUGACAGCAGUUUAACAAAGAGAAGACUUUUAGAUGAGCUUCGGCUAAGUAUAAAUUACCUUCCAUCAGCUAUGCUGACGGACGUACUAUCAUUCCAGAAAUGUAAGAGACAAAAGUUAAAUUCACCAGAGGUAGAAGUCCGCUCAGAAGAAGCACAAAUAGACAUUUCACUGAGUCUUGAUGAACAUCUGAUCAGCAAUGAUGAUACAAAUGAUGGAAGCGCUUGCGACACGGAAGACAGUGAUCAUAUCAUGCCGAUAGCCGCUGACAUUGGGCAACCGCCUGCCGAUGAGAAUCUACUAAGUUCUCCCGAGAGAGAGUCGUCUCAAACACAGCAAGAUAGUUCGGAACAACCACAAGAAGUACGGCUUCCUUCCAGUGACACUGCAUCCAAAACGACAGUACGCAUGGCCGAAUUGUUAAGAGCACAAUUUCUCGAUAUUGAUGCACCAACUUUUGAUGAUCUACUGUCAGCUGGACAUAAAUCAGAUGUUUCCAAAGCGAGAGAAGAUAUAUCGAAGAAAGAGGCUAGUAGGGCAUUUUUCGAUCUGCUGUCGCUCGCAAACGAAGAUUGUAUCGAUCUUGAUCAGGAAUCUUCCUUUGACAGUAUUGCAAUAAGAGCUAAGCCUAACCUCUUCACGAAGUUUAUCACCGCCUGA